AUGUCGCGUCUCAUUGCUGUAUUUCUCCUGCUUGUGCUUCUUUUCGUCGACUUGACGUCUGCCGACGAUCCUCUUCCUGGACAGCAAGUUAUCCGUGCCAAGCGCAACUACUACGGCGGAUUUGACGCCUAUGGGUUUAGAUUUAUUUUUUUUUUGCUUCUUUUCCAUAUUAUUGAUUGACUGUUUAAUCCCAAAAUAUUCAAUCUUGAUGGGAAACAAGAAAAAAAUUCACAUUCAGUAGUUUUUCUUCAUAGGUUUGGUGAACAGUUUCGCAUUUUUUUGGCCAGUCAGUUUGAUAUCUGUAUUUAUUGGCCUAGUUCUUUCAAAAUUCCUUUCCGGAUCGUUUGAAGAAUAUCACGUCAUCGCGGUGAGACCUAUUUUUUUACGCGUGGCAUCGGGUCGCGCCCUUCAGCGAAGGCGCUUUCCUUGAAAACGACCCUAAAAGAAAUUUCGAACAGUCUGUAACAGAGCUGCGCGCAGGCCGGCCUCCGUCGGUCACUUUUUUAAGGUCUUUACUAUGAAGUCCAGAGUGGUCCCUAUAGGGCUUUGGAGGAAAACAACCGCUAUAGGUGUGAAAUUAAGAUGCUCCCUAUAGGGGUUUAGGGUCCGACUAAUUAGCCCCUAAAGCUCAAGCGGACCCUAUAGGGGUCUUUCAACUCCUUUAAAAAAUCCAGUUUCUCUCAUGGAAAAGCUUCUUCGCUUAGAGUUCAUAACAAUUAUCGAAAAGUUUGUUCCCUUUUGGGUCCACUAACUAAAACCCUAUAGGGACCACUUUUGCAAGCUUUGGUGGUCCCUAUAGGGGUUGGUGAAAAAGUCAUUAGAAAAGACCCUCCAAAGGCCCUAAGGUAGCCCCUGUGGAGACCACUCUAGAGUUCUUAAGUACAUAAACUUUUUGAGAAGCACACUUUGAAUUUUUGAGAAAAUUUUCCCGAGCUUCACAGUAUGCAAAUGAUAGAGAUAUUUUUGCAAAAAUUGAUUAGUUUACUAAUUUUCAAUUUUCUCUUUUUUCAGCGACGACUUCUGGUAUGCAGGCCGAAUAAUAGGAAUAAUCGCCGGGAUUUUUCUCCUGUUGCUGUGUUGCUGCCUACCUUGCGUGUGCCUCGUCGGUAUCUGGUUCCUGGGCUGGUUCGGCUUCCGACAAUCGCGUCGUCGUGCAGAGAACAAAGGUGCGAAGAGCCUUCUGGAGGACUUUCGAGCAAUGAAUUUAGUUUAGCGCCAGCGACGACAGUGUCAGUCGCUCCGUAUUCUUCCCCAGCCAACGUCACCGAAUAUCCAACGUCUCCGCCUGUCAGAACUCGCAACGUCGUCGUCGAGUCUUCGCCGAGGGACUCUAGUUCUGUUCGCAACUUCCGCACCGAUGAGCAGGUUUGUAAUUCAUAGGCAAAGUCGGAAGGGUAGAAAGAUGCUCCAUUGAGAUGUUCCUUUUAGGGUGACCCAGGCUUCUUUUUUGCUGCCUUUUGCGCCAUUUUAUUGGUUCUUAUGCUCCAUUUUUUCUGCCUCUCUCUUUUUCUAUCAUUUCUUGAACCUUUAAAAUCCAAGAAAAAAGAAAAAGGCUCGAUAAAGGGACACUCUUUGCUGCCUUUUUGCAGCCUUUUUUGAGCCUCCCUUCUAGCGGCCAUUCCGACUUAGCCCGAGUUAACGCUCAGUAGAUUAUGAAUUUUGAAAAGAAUACUUUUAUAAUGAAGUUUAAGGUAAUCUACGCAGCCGAAGACCGCUACUACACGUCGUCAACAGCGCCCGCCCCUCCUCAUCGUCCAGAGCCUUAUAACUCCCGAUAUUGAUUGUUUGCAAUUUUUUUUUCAUCUUUCUGCAAAAUAUCUUGUUUUACCAUGAGUUCUUCCAUAAUAAAUGUACAUGAGCCUCGUCAUUUCGCACUGAAAAAGUCGAACCAUUUUAGUUUUCUUUGAAGUUAGGUUUAGCCUUUGUAUCAAGACUUGAAAUUCCACGGAACGACAUUCCGCUGUUCCGCUGCGUGCGUUCGCGAAGCGUCUUUCGAAUCUAGGUCACGCUUUCAAUUUAUUUUUAUUGCUGUGGGAGCACAUGCAAGUAGAACCUAAUAAAAAUUCAAAAAAAUUAAUAACGCGAUCCAGGUUCGCAAAGGCGCGCAGCGGCACAGCCAGCGGAAUGUCGUUCGAGGAAAUUUCAAGUCGUGGCACACAGACUAUACACCAAGCUGUACACGGAACUCGUUUUAAAAAUAAUUUCACAAAAGUCCCAUCUUUCUGAUCACUUUGAAGUCAGCCAAGGCAACUGUGGUCCAAGUUGGCGCAAUAAACUUGGUUGCAAAGUGAAGCUUGUCGCUAGGGUUUUUGAAUGAAAGGAAAAUGUUUAGUUUCACAAUAUUUUUUACAGUAAGCCUGAAAGUGGGCGGAGCCUAAUAAAACCUGGUUCUUAAUGUUCAAGAGCUUUUUCACUAUCUGCGAUAGCAAGGAAAGCUCUCAAGAACAAAGAUGAAAUUUUUUUACCAACAAUUUCUGCAUUUGUUCGAUUUUAGGGUAGAUUUUUUUGGUCUCUCGGAAAGACCCAGACUUGAUUAUAUUUCUCAAGUUUUUUUUUCCAAGACGACUUUUCUUAUUUUAAAUUGUCUAUCGAAUCCUAUUUUACAUUGCAAAUUCAAAAAUUAAACCGGCAAUUGUGUCAUUUUCAGCAUUUCGAGCCUCUGGACCCGCACAUAAAUACAAUUCUCUUCGGCUCAAUUGGAUUUAACAACAGAAAAAAAAAUUUUUUUAAUCUUGUAAAUUUCAACAAUUUUAUAAACUUUUUUUCUUCCUUGAAUUUUUUUUUGUAGUUUCAUAGUUCAUUAUUAAACUGGAUAUAUUUUAAUUCUACAAAAAUCUGGAUUUUUUUAGCUGAAGGAGUUAUCUCUCAAUUAUAAGCCAUUACGCGCCAGCUUGUCACGUUUUUCUUUCCGCCAAAAGGCCAGGUCUAAUUUUACCAACUUUCGCUUCAAGACCUUUUUUCUUGCCGUUAUAAAAGCUGAAAUUUGAUCUAAUUUGGUACACGGUCUUUUGGCGGAGAGAAAAACGUGACAAGCUGACGUGGAAUAAGCUACAUUCAAAAUUUUUCAGUAAGAAACUUUUAUUUCUUAUCUUUUUCAGGCUUUGAUCUUCAACGAGAAGCGCAUUUAAAACUUUAUUUUCCUUUUUGUGUUCUCGCUUUCAAAAAAAAAAAUUUUGAAAAGUUGGAUAUAUUCACAACAAUUAGCUAUAAAGAGACCGAGAGAAAAGAGAGGGAUGCUCGCAGCGGCGCCGGACGCUCUCAGCGCUUGUUAGCAGGGAGAGAUGACGUCACACUAUUGACCGCGACGCAGCCGCCUUUGCGUGCCGAGCCGCCAAACGUAUGUAUCGGUCCUGUUGCUAUGAGAGUCUAAUUUUUGUCCCUUCCGCAUGUCAUAUCAAUCUAUCAACUUUCCAACAAUCACUCAUUUUGGAUGGCCUUGCUAGAAACAAAGGUUGUUUAGAAGUCGGCUUCGAGCUCGGUUCUACAAAAGACCAUGAACGAAUAA